ACCAACAUCCUCUGCUUCACCAGCCCCAACUCAAGCUUCAUCAUCCGGGACUAUAGAGAAAUAUGUGAAGGAUGCCUGGGAUGGUCUGAACCCCCACAUCCUUCUUUCUAAAAUUGGGCCAUAUAAGAUUUUUUACUGGGACAUUGGUCAAACAAGGCCUGGACUGGAAUUAGAGAGUGAGGUCAUCAAUGCCUACCUGGCCAUGCUUGAGAGGCAGCACAAUGUGAAGUCACCAGAGAAGGUUCUUCAUAUUGAUACAUAUGGAAUGACAUCAGUAUGGAAUGGAAAAGUUCCACGAUUCAGGUGGGACCCUUCAAAAUAUCAGUUGCUGUUUGGAGUUGUGAAUGAACACCAUCACUGGUUUCUGGUUGUGAUAUAUCCAUCACAGAACAAGACGCUCCUCCUGGAUCCACUUGGAGAAACUGCUGCCAAGUUAAAAAGGUGCCAGGAUGCAUCAAGGGCACUCAUGAGGAGAAAAGGGAUACAUGUGUCAAGGUGGAAAUGUGACACAGUGCCUCAUCCCCACCAACCAGACAGCACGUCCUGUGGUGUUUUUGCCAUUGUGUUUGCAGAGAAAAUCUUAUACAAUCAGCCAGUCACAUUUCCUGCUUCCCCAAAGGAUGUGUCAGAUUUGUGGUGGCAGAUUGCCACUACUCUUCUCAGAGAUUCAGAUGACCUGACAAACCUGUGUCUUCACUGUGGGGAGGCCAGUGUGGAUGGCAGUCCAGAGGAACAACUGACUUGGAUCUCAUGUGAUGCCUGUGGAAGGUGGUUCCACCAUGACUGUGUUGGACAACCAAAGAUGGAGGAACCAUUCAAGUGUACAGCAUGCUGAACAUAACAAUGGAAGUAUAAAAGUGGAGUUUUUGUAUGUUUUUGCGUUUAUUUGUUGUAACUGUAAUUAAACUGUUUAACUGUUGUUAAACAAAAAGUUCUUGAAAAUAGGUACAUUUUAAGUGGAUUUACAAUUUUAUUUUUUUAAGUUUCAACAAUAAUAUAAUUAUUUUAUUUUAA